AUGGCGGUGUCCGGGACACUCGCUGUGAAAGUUCAUCGACUUGAAGACGAUGGGGGAUCAGGAAACAAGUACAGCAUUCGAUUGGAAGUGGAUGAUGAUGAGCGCCAUACUACAUACAUGUCGACGGGUCAAGAUAUCGAGGAAACCCUGCACUUUGAUGUGCACGCCAAGAAUGAGUCUGAAGAAGUUACGAUUGAAGUACUUCGACAAGGUCAGACUAUGCCGAUUACGUCAGCAAAACUGAAACUGCACGAGUUUAUGAAUGGCUUUCGAAACAAGACGUUGGAUUUUACGUCAGGUACGGCUUCAUCGGCGAAUACGAUGCAUCUCACCAUUAGCGCUGAUUGGUCGGACUCGAAACGAGAGUCGACGUCGUUGGCACCUGCUGAGACUCAUCGCCCGUGGUUCAUGCGCGCUUCAUACUAUUAUGACGCGACCAAGAGCGUUUACGACUACACGACGAGUUUUCGCAUUGUCAAACCAUUUGCUCGCUUGGGUGAAGGGACAGUCAAUACGGUGUUAGCCACAGUCAUGGGCAAGACGUUGUACGAUGUUGAUCAGUCAUUGAUGGUUCCAAUGCUUGACUCUAUGGAUAACAAGGUGGAUGCUACGAUCUCGGUGGCUUUUACAAAGCUGUACGAGGGCCAGCAAUUGGCAGUUCGAACCAAGAACAAAGCCGUGCGCGGGGUGUCUACCGUGGCCCGCAAGACGGGCAGCACGGCGGUUCGAGCCACUAGUUACACAGCGCACAAGGUGAUAGCAGUGCCUGCAACAGUUUUUGGUGUCAUAACCGGCGUGGCAGAUUACGCGGGCUCCCAGGUAGUGCACGCGUCGUCAUCGACUUAUGGAAUGGUGCGCGGGGUGACUUAUUCCGUUGCAAGUCAUAUACCCAUACUCGGGCCCAAAAUACGGGCUUGA